AUGGAUGCCCUGAUAGCAUCUGAGACCGUGCGAGAUGGGAGCACGUCAACCGAAAACAGUCCUUCGGGUGAACCUGCGAAAUCUGAGAAGCAAGUCCGCGAGGAAAACAAGUUCCAGCAGGCUAUUGCAGUAUGGAGAGGCGUCGACUUGGCGAACCUCAUUCCGAAGCUAGAUACCACGGCAUCGGAUAUCAUAGCUCAUCAACGAGAUUCUCUGGUGCAGCGCAAAGAUCUAGCUCAGAAAACUAAAGAUUUUAGGAAACUCGACGACUCAACGAAACUGGCUGAAUACAAAAGCUUGUUAAAGUCAUACCAAACGUUUAUUGAUCUCCUGACCAACCAUGGGAAGACUUCUUCAUCCGCCUUUUUACAACUAUACUCUGCUCUAUCAGAAGCCCCCGAUCCAUAUCCUCUCCUCGAAGCGUCCGUAGAUUCUUUGGUCCUGUCUGAAGACACGGUUCCUAAGCUAACAUCCGAGAAAGAGCUUUUGCAAAAGAGCGUAAAUCGUCUGACGUCUCAGUUGGAGGAAUCGGAAAUGAAGUUGGAGGAUGAACGAUCUUUCCGUCGCAAGCUCGAAGAAACUCAGGACACGAAGAUUCAGGAAAUCGAAGCUUCAUGGGCCGCAGUGCUGGCUGAAAAGACAAGCAACUGGGAAGCCAAGGAGAAGAAUUAUGAGGCCAAAGCUGAGAACCACGAACGGCUACUGAGGGAAAUCAAGGCAAGCUACGAGGUAAACCAAAGGUUAGACCGAGCAGACGGUGAAGACAUGUCAAGAAGUGCUGCCACAGCAGCAGAACUUGAAAUUGUAGCCUCAGAGCUUGAGAAGACCGGUGUGCGCCUAGCAGAGGUCGAAGCUCGGAACGAACAGCUGAGCCUAGAGCUGGCCCAAGCUGUGUCCCAUUCUCAGUCAGAGCACCGAUACCACACUCUAGAGGACGAUCCCGCAUACCUACGCUUGCAAUCCGAAAACUCGUCUCUCUUGCGUAAAUUGGAUUCCGCUCGCUACGAGAAAGAUGCUGAGAGGCAUUCUUGGGAAGGAAAGCUCCGACAGGUGGAGAGGCAAAAUAAGAAAGUCACUGCUGAACGAGAUGAAAUAAAAGCCAAAUUGGAUAAAUGGGCAGACUAUGAUGAUAUUCGGCGAGAACUCGAAGUCAUAAAGUCUAUUGAGUUUUACACGGCGGAUGAUGAUUACAGAGAUGCAGUGGACGAGACAGAUUUGGUUGCCCCUAAUGGCUCUGAAAGAUCGAAAGAGAACACCCUAGAACAGCUCUUAUUGACUAGGAACAAAAAGCUCUCAAAUGAAUUGACAAUUCUGAGAGUCUCACACCAAGACUUGCAAAACCAACUCGAAGCUCUGCGCGAGGAUCUCUCCAAAACAAAAGUAGACCUCGAAAAAGCUCAGAAUUUGGCUACUACCCUAGAAAAUGACCUUCUCCAGAUGCAGAGGGAGGCGCCAAACUUGCCGUCAUCUUCCAUGUCAGUUGCGGGUCCCUACGUAUCCAGGUACCCACAUUCCUCCCGCAGAGGCAGGGCCUCACCAACCUCCUCAAUCAUAUCUGGUUUCGAUCAUGCAAAUGCCUCCGCAAAUACAAUGGAAGCCAUUAGAGCCGGAGAGGCAGUUGGCGGUGGCUCAGGAAUUCUACCUAUGGUCCAAGCCCAGCGAGACCGGUUCAAACAAAAGAACAGCGAACUGGAAGAAGAGCUAUCAAAGACAUACGCAAUCGUCAAAUCCCUACGUCAGGAAGUUGCCUCUCUCCAAAAGGAUAACCUAAGCUUGUACGAGAAGACUCGCUACGUUUCCACCUACAAUCGUGGCCGGGGAGAUGACUUCUCCGCCUCAUCCACCUCAGCUUACGCCAAUAUCCCAAACGCGACAUCGGUCCAUCUCUCCGCAGAAUCUCCAUCGGGCCUUUCCGCAGACCGCUACCAGUCCGCCUACGAAGCGCAAAUAUCCCCAUUCGCCGCCUUCCGCGGCCGCGAAUCGGCCCGUGCGUACCGGCGCAUGAGCGUGCCGGAACGCAUCAUAUUUUCCGUCACGAGGAUGGUUCUUGCGAACCGGACGAGCAGGAAUUUGUUUGCGGGGUACUGCGUCGCGUUGCAUGUACUUUUGUUUGUCAUGUUGUAUAUGAUGAGCACGGCGGAUAUUGAGAGGAAGGCGGCGGGCGCUGCGUUAGGUUCGCUUGGUCAAGCUGCCGCAGCGGGGUCGGCGGGCGCCGCUGCUGGUGCUGGGAGGCGAGCUGCAGGUGGUCCUGCUGGUAGUGAAUGGCGGCAGGAAACCUUCAAUGGUCCUGCGCAAUAG